GUGUUACAGCCCCUGCGGGGGAAAGGCGUUUAUGUUUAUGGCCAUUUUACGGAAGUUUGUGUUGGUUAUCAAUGUGAGAACUGUUGAGUAAAUAGCUAGCUAACAUUAGCACUGCUACUAGGGUUAGCUUCCUAACACUUGGCUAGCUGACCAUCUAAUCCCUUUCCGCCUCAUGAAAAUAGCAUUCCCUCCUUCGAACGCACAAAAACACCUGACGGGAAUUAAGAAACUAUAAAUAACUAGAGAAACCUUCAGCGGGUCUUGGAUUUUAUCGAAAUAAUAUACUGCACAGUCGAUUAAGCAACGGACUACAGAGGUUGUAGGUGAGGGCUAUUUCCUCCUGCACAUGAAGCUCUCUUGCGGCUGAAGUCUUUCACUGCUGCCUCCUUCCGUCUGCGUCUGUCAUUACAACAUGUCCUCCUCAUCCUCCUGCUCUUCCUCGGGGGAGACCAGCCCCGAAGAUGUGCCCCGCGGAGGGGGCACCAUCCGCGUCUACCUCCCCAACAAGCAGCGGACAGUGGUGAACGUCCGGCCGGGGCAGACCGUUUAUGACAGCUUAGAUAAGGCCCUAAAAACGCGUGGCCUGAGCCAGGACUGCUGUGCUGUGUUUCGACUCCUGGAGGGUCGUAAGAGGCUGACUGAAUGGAACACAGACAUCACCCCACUGGUAGGGGAAGAACUGCUGGUGGAAGUGCUUGACGAUGUCCCUCUCACCAUGCACAACUAUGUCCGGAAAACAUUCUUCAAGUUAGCAUAUUGUGACUUUUGUCACAAGUUUCUGUUCAAUGGGUUCAGAUGUCAGACAUGUGGCUACAAGUUUCACCAACACUGCAGCAGCAAAGUCCCGACAGUCUGUGUGGACAUGGAUACGAUGACAAAACGAUCAAUCCCCAACAAUUACCCGGACAGCAAUUACCCAGACGACUGCCCCCAAAUACCUAUACUGAUAAUGCCAGACGGCUCCAUACCAGGAAAUGAUUCAGCCUUAACACCUGACCCUGGCGGGCUGAACCUCCUGUCCCCCACCUCCGCCUUCCGCUUCCCCCUACCCGGGGCCGACGGCCAGUCCCUGCAGCGGCACCGCUCCACCUCCACACCCAAUGUCCACAUGGUCAGCACGGUGGGGCCCGCUGGCACCAGCAUCAUAGAGGAUGCAAUAAAAAACAGCACAAUGGGACCAGAGGCGUCCCCAAAGCCCUCCACCAGCCCCCCUUCCAUGGGCUCUCCUGGCCGACGACCCCCCAAAUCCCCCUCAGAGCACAAGGAGCGCAAACCCUCCUCAUCUGACGACAAAAAGAAAGUGCACCGCGGAGGCUACAGGGACUCCAGCUACUACUGGGAGGUGCAGUCGCGGGAGGUGAACAUCCAGAAGAGGAUCGGAGCGGGCUCCUUCGGGACGGUCUUCAAGGGCAAGUGGCACGGCGACGUGGCCAUCAAGAUCCUCAAGGUGACAGAACCCACCCCCGAGCAGCUACAGGCCUUCAAGAACGAGAUGCAGGUCUUACGAAAGACGCGCCAUGUCAACAUCCUGCUGUUCAUGGGCUUCAUGACGAGGCCCCACUUCGCCAUCAUUACGCAGUGGUGCGAGGGCAGCAGCCUCUACCGCCACCUGCACGUCAUCGAGACCAAGUUCGACACCAUGCGCCGCAUCGACGUGGCGCGCCAGACGGCACAGGGCAUGGAUUAUUUACAUGCCAAGAAUAUAAUUCAUCGGGACCUGAAAUCAAACAACAUCUUCCUGCACGAGGGCUGGACGGUGAAGAUCGGCGACUUCGGCCUGGCCACAGUGAAGUCCCGCUGGAGCGGGUCGCAGCAGGUGGAGCAGCCCAGCGGCUCCAUCCUGUGGAUGGCUCCUGAGGUGAUCCGGAUGCAGGACACCAACCCCUACACCUUCCAGUCAGAUGUCUAUGGCUACGGAGUGGUCCUGUUUGAGCUCAUAUCCAGCACGCUGCCUUAUUCCAACAUCAACAAUCGGGAUCAGAUCAUCUUCAUGGUGGGCCGAGGAUACCUGUCGCCAGAUCUCAGUAAACUCUCAGCGAACUGCCCCAAGUCUAUGAAGAGGCUCAUCAUCGACUGUCUCAAAUUCAAGCGUGACGAGCGGCCCCUAUUCCCACAGAUCCUGGUGGCCAUUGAGCAGGUCCAGGAGCUGUUGCCAAAAAUCGAGAGGAGUGCCUCGGAGCCUUCCCUGCACCGGGCUGUGCACGCCGAGGACCUGAACCCGCUGCUGUUCCACACCACCAGGCUCAUGCCCUUGUGAGGGCACUAUGCCACACCAUGGCCAGAGGGUGCCAGUGAGAGAGAGAGAGAGACGGAGAGAGAGAGAAAGAGAAACAGGGAGAAAGAGAACAAGCAACUUCCCAGCCCCUCUAGUUCCUUUUGGAGCCUGACUGCUGCUGCACAU